AUGGCUGGAAAACUUAUGAACUUAUCGAAUGAAUACGAGGAGGAAGAGCCAUCUCAACCAUUAAAUCCUAAUAAUAUGCUAAACAACGACUGGUGUCGAGGGGUUAUCCGACCGCCAGAAUCGGUUCGGUCUCAACUCAAAUGCUUUCACUUAAACACAACUUUUAUCCCAUUUUUACGCUUAACUCGCAUUAAAGUGGAAGAGAUGUACAAAAGACCACAUAUUGUGGUAAUCCAUGAAUUCCUAUCGGAAUUUGAAAUACAGAUUCUGAAAGCGUGGGCCACACCGGGACUGGAAAGGACGCAAGUUGUGAAUGAUACUACCGGUGCUUACAUACCAUCUAAAGAUCGACUUGCAUUUGGCAAUUGGAUUAAGGAUGAACAGCACUCAGCGAUGGCCACAAUUAGCCGACGUAUCAGUGCUAUCACUGGUCUUGACUUAAGUACCGCCGAAGACGCUAAUAUCAUCAGGUAUGGAGUGGGGGGUUAUUAUGGGCACCAUUACGAUACUGAUGUGUAUGUGGUGGAUAACCCGGUCAUUAAACCCAAAAGGAUAGCCACUUGGAUCAACUACUUGAGCGAUGUGGAGGCAGGAGGUGCCACUGUAUUUCCUUAUAUUAAUGUUGCAGUUUGGCCCGAAAAGGGUGCAGGGUUAUUUUGGUAUAACAUGCUUACAUCGGGUUUAAUAGAUGUAAAUACAAUACAUGGGGGCUGUCCGGUACUGGUGGGCACCAAAUGGAUUGUUACCAAAUGGAUCCGUCCCACUGGACAGGAGUUUCGCAAACUUUGUGAAAAUAAUUUGUUGUCAUAUAAUGUAUUGGGAAUCAAUUCAUAA